UGAUGUUUUCGGCACCUAAACCGAUGUAUUCAAAUAAAGAUUAUUUAAAUUGUAUAGAUUAUGCAAAAAUACAUUAUGGUGGAAAACAUGUAAGAAAUGCUCCAUACUUAAUUAUGGAACAUCCUUUUUGUAACACUGACAUAUACUUAAUCUACUUUCAUGCCAAAGAUGAAGAUAUGUAUAUUAAACAUACUCUAUUCUAUAGAUACUAUGCUUAAUAAUUUAUAUAUGAGAUUUAACAAUCUUGUAAAUUCAACGCCAUCCUAUCUGAAUAUCCAGGUUAUGGCAUCUAUCAAAAUGUUGAUGUUCAUGAUUCUAUUGUCGAAUAAGAUGCACUUCAAUUGUUUGAUCAUAUCUAAGACAAAUACAAACUAAAAAACAAUCAAAUUAUUGUUUUUGGAAGGUAUCAAACUAAAUUUAAAUAUAGAUCAAUAGGAACUGGACCAGCCUUCUAUAUAAAUAGUUUAAGAUAAUGUAGAGCAGUUAUUGUACUAAGUUCUUUUACCUCUAUAAAAGAUAUUAUCAAAGAGAAAACCUUUGAAUGGAUAGCAAAUCUAAUUCCAUCAAAAUUUGAUAAUUUAUAACGUGUUCAACAUGCUAAAUCUCCUAUGCUCAUGAUACAUGGUGCAGAUGAUGAUAUCGUAGAUGAAUAACACACAGAAAUUCUAUUCGCAAAGUUUUAAUUUUAUAAUUUUAAAUCAUAGUCUUCCGAAUAAGGUUAAGGCAAAAUCAGUAAAAAGAAUUAGACCAGAUAUGACACACAACGAUUACAUUUUUGAACAUGAUAUCAUUGCUCCUAUUUAAUUAUUCUUACCUGAUCUCAGUAUAUAAUAAAGAUUUAGAUAUUGA